CACCCAUUUCGGACUAUGAAUACCGGCCUAUGUAUAUACGUCAUUGGUUUGUGGUCCUGUGUGCAAGAGCCAUUACAGUUCUCCGCAAGAGGUCUCUGUGUUUUCAGUAUCCACAAUAUUUAAGGUUUAACAUAUUUAUUUUAUAUUUAUAUGAUGGAUGAAUAUGAUGAAUCAUCGGACAUUGAGAUGGUGCCUAUGGAGGAAAUUAUACAUGUAGAGAAAAAACCAAAUACUCUUAUUAAAGCUACUACAAAAGCAGAGUCACGGGUACAACCAUCAGAUAAUUUUUCCAAUAGAUCCACUAGCACAUUUACGACAGGUAUAGAUAUAUUCAGUAAAGAAGAAAGACUAAAGAUGGAAGAACGAGCAAAGCGUUUUGGUUUAACAGAGAAAUUAGAAAACGUAUUAUCUAAUGAAGAAGAUUUAUACAGCAGUAUGGGUAUCACAGAUGAUGGUGAAAAUGUGAAAAAUGUUAGAUUAAAUGUUAUUCAUGUCAGAGGAACUGAGGAAAUGAGUACCAAAGAUGUAUUAAAAUAUUUUCAAGAUUAUGCUCCACAGUCUAUUGAAUGGAUCAAUGAUAUUUCAUGUAAUGUAGUAUGGUUUGAUAACUUAUCAGCAGCCAGAGCCAUGUUAGGAUUGUCGAAAAAAAUAUCAGGAUGUGUUGGAAAAUAUUCAGAUGGAAAUCUUAGUUCAGAGGCAGAUUAUGAAAAUGGAAAAGAUUGCAAAGACAACAAUUUGAUGGCAUAUGGAAAAAAUAUACUUACUAAUACAAGCAAUAAUGGGAAAAAAGAAAAUUAUAUAAAUAUUAAAGAUAUUGUUCAUCCAUUACCUCCUGGUACAUGGAGAAAAGGAAUUGAUUAUCCAAAAUCUAAAGCAAUUUUUUUAAGAUUUGCAACUAGAAUGGAUAGGAAGCAGGCAAAUGCAGAAAAAAUAAGUGAAUACUAUAAAAAAUAUGGGAACCCUAAUUUUGGAGGUAUCAAAGGAAUUUUAACGGAAUCUCGUAAACGUAUGUAUAAACAAACAAAACAAACUCAGCAAAACAAACAUAGGUCGACUGAAAAAAAUAAACAAAUUAAGAAUCCAUGGGGUGCAUUAUCUGAGACAUGGGGUGUAAAUGAUAUUGUGGAAGAUGACUUUCUUCCAAGAAAUGAUCCAGAUCACGGACGUAGCGUAAAGGAUAGAUUGGGUACUAAAUUUUUGGAUAAGGAUGCGAUACGAGCGAUGGAAUCGACAGAGGCUAGCUCAAGUAGCGAUAGUGAGGAAAAUUGGUGUAAGCGAAGUAAAGUUUUGCGCAUGCGAAUGCAUGCUGAUGACGAAGAAGAGAAACAGCAAAAACGUCGAGCAAAAUUGCGAUAUCAAAUGAUCCUUAACAAUUUAAAUAACAGUGGUGAUUUGCGAUCAAAGUUAGGAAAGCCAAGAAUGAAAAUGCAGUAUUGUGAACCUAUUCAAGUAGUGAUCACGAACAUGAACCCACCAAAGUCGAAAUCUUUAAAACACGAUAGUGGUUCUGAGAUAGCAUGGAGGCGGGAUCAAAUAAUGAAUGAAAUUAAACUAUCAGAAAGGGAAGAGGGAGAAUGGCAAGAAUCAGAAACUGAAAAUGAUCAGGAAAAAGAAGAUGAAAAGAUUGAACAAAGCCAACAUAGGCAGUAUUCGUUAAUGGAAGAUGAGGAGGAGAAGAAAGAGGAAGAAAGACAAGAAGAGGAGGAAGAAGAGAAAGAUAAAAACAGGAAGGAUGAAGAGGAUAGUGCUGAUGAAGAUAGCAAUAUACCUGCAAAGGAAGUUCAGGGUCCUAAAGGAAGUGUGAUAAAGGUAGUUCCACCUAAGCCUCGUGUUGCCUCCACUGUAUGGGCAAGAUUAAAUCAUGUAAAAAGUGAAAUUAAUGACAGCUAUCUGAAAAAGAGACAAUCAGGAAGCCAUAAUUUAAGAAAUAUAUUGAAAGGUGGUGAUUUGCGAUCGCGCAUUGGGAAUCACACAAGAGGACGUUCUCCCUUGAGAAUAGAAGUGAAAAAUGACAAAUACACAAGAAAUGAAAGCGAUGGAGAAUGAUUGCAAUUCAAAUGAAUAAUAUGAAUUACUUGUUUAACAAUCCGACACUUGUAAAAAGCGCUUAUUAUUCCGAUUUAUUAUUUUACGAUACUUCAUUUUUCAUAACAUUUUAUAUUAUCUACUUAGCAUGUAAAAUCGUAUACUCAUACAUAUAUACAAGUAUAUAUAGAGUGUUUGAGACUAAACACUCAAUCUAUCUCAUUCUUAAUCAAAUAUGGAAUUACAGACUAACUCAAAUAUUUUCAUUACUAAAUCACCUGUGCUCUUUUAGAUGAUACUACUUUUAACUUUCGAUCUGAAUCGGAAAUAGUCUAAUUAGCCCGGAAGUAUAGUAAAAAAAUGAAAUAUGUUACUUUUUAUUGCAGAUUCUGAUUCUACUUCUGAUGAAAGUGAAGAUUUGAUAGGGCAAUUAUAUUCUAGAACUUAAAUCUUAUUUUUCAGAAAAUUUUUAAAAGUUUGCAAAUCAUGAAAUUUAUUUUUCUUUCCGGAAUGUCUCCUAUUAAGCAUAAAAAAUUAAUUUUUUGUCACAAAGUUAUAUGUGUUCUUUUCAAUGAUGCCAUUUUCAACUUCCAAUCUGGGUCAAAAGUAAAUUUGUUUGCAUUAAAAAUCGAUAUUUUUUUAAAAUAUAGCAUAAAAUUUUUUUUUAUAAAUUUUGAUUUUAUGCGAAAAUCAAAAACUUAAAACUCAAAUUAUUUUCUUACUUUUCUUCUUAGGAGUGAUAUGUAAAUAAAUAAUUUUGUUUAAGGCUUCUGAUCAGUCACCGUGACUAUAUUGGAUAGAUUAUUGGAUAUUAAUAUCAUUCAUAUUGGAUGACAUUAGAAGUAAGGAAAAUCAUGUCCAAAAUUCCUGCAAACCAUGGCUAAAUAAAAAGAUAUAUAAUUAAAAUUUCACUUGCAAUCUAUUUUCACACACACGUGUGUGUGAAUAUAUAUUCACAUACGUGUGAAAUGCGCUUCGGAUAUUUCUCUUUUGCCCAAAUAACUAUUAGAUAAAUAAAUAUAACAAAUCGCUUUGUUUUAACAGAAAUUAAUUAGCUGUGUGACUCGGUGUCAAAUAUGAUCGAAUAAUUAUUUAUAUGCAUUAAAUAUUAUAAUAAACACAAUACUCGCAGCAUUUCCACAAUUCCACAAUUGUAUUACAUGUGAUAUGCACUCAGUAAUAACACUGUGGUUUACGGGAAAAAAAUUGGACAUCUGUUUACAUCAUUACCUUCCAAAUAGCACAAUAAAUUCCUAAAGUAUUCCCGAAGUAUUCCUAAAAUAUUCUUCUUUCUUGAAAGGUAGUUCUUUAAGAAUUUUUACUUUACUUUAGGAGUAUACUUUAAGAACGAUUAAGGAAGUUACAUGCACCAUAAUUUCUGACAACCUUUUAAAGUAUUCAAUUUCGAAUUAUUUAUGUGUGUGUGUGUGGAACAACAGAUAUAUACUUCAUAAAUUUUUUUAUAUAAGAUAUAUAUUACUUUUUUCUAACAGAAACUACUCGUAAAUGUCGCAGCGUUUACUGAUUUUACUUGAAAAUUUUAGAUUACCUGAUUCCAAUAUUACAUCACAUUUAAAAAUUCUCACUGAUACUGGUGACUCGAACUUGAACUCCCUGAGGCAUCUCUGGAUUAUGAAAGUUUGUUGCUUUAGAUACUACAUUUUUUCGAUCGAUAUAAACAUCUUACAUUUUGUCUAUAUAUGUUGUAAUUAA